GCCACUCUAAAACAAAAUCCAUAUUUUUAAUUAUACAUUUUCAAAAUUGAGCAUAAUUCAGACCAAGAAUAUUGUCAAUUUUCAAAAUAUAUUUUAUUACUAUAUUUUCUCGUAUAUUAUCAAUCGCAUUAUUUUUAUAUACUUGAACAUUGCAUAAAAUAAUUGAAUGUAUAAUAUAGUUUGACACGUUCUUUAUAUCGAUUAAACUUUUAUACGAAUUUAUUAUUCCACGCGUGAUUAAAUUUUUAUAAAAAUGUAUAUCGUCGAUGUUUCUCAACGUACACCCGAGAUUUCAAACAAAUUAGAGGAUUCCAUAUGUAAAGACGGAUACUUGCAACCAGAAAGAGCUCGUUCUACGUUAUAUCAUCAACCUUAUAAGAGAUCAACCUUAAAACUCGAGUCAGAGACGACGUAUAAUUUGUCUUACUCAAAAUUGAGUUUUAUUCCUCAACCAAGGACUAGUUUUGCAAAAUACGAGAAAAUGUUAACGACGAAACCCGGAAAAAUCGAAUCUGAUACGAUAUACAAGCUUUCGUAUCUUCCUUCAACUACGAAAAAACGGAAACCCUUCAUUCCAAGAACAAAUUUAUCUAUUCAUGGUUAUCAUGAUUUGACAACCAUUAAUAAAACGUCUUAUUUAAAUCCUGGAUACGUAAGAACGAUUUCUUUUAAACCGUAUCAAAGUAAACUUCAACAACCGAUACCGAUGGAUUGUACAACAAUAAUGAAGGAAUCUUAUCAAUAUACACCUGUUGAUGUCAAGAGACCACGGAAACGAGAAUUUUGGCAGACUAAGUUCAAGCCAGAUUAUGGAACUACGAAUAAAUUGUCGUAUCAAUAUGUAGAACCGCUUAAGAAGAGAAUUCGCGUAUUCUACAAACCGGUUAUCACCGCCAAAAUUGAAAGAGACACGAUUUAUAAUACGAGUUAUCAGCUUCCAGGUCGCUGCAUAACUAAAUAGAUUAUGAUAGUUUUUUUAUAUUGUAUGUAUAAUAUAUUUAGCAAUUUUUUUUUUAUAGAACAUUUGUUUUUUAAUUGAAGAACAUAUGCAAAUUCAAAAAACGACUCUUGCCAAGUUUUAAUCAUUAGAUUCAAAAUUUGAUUACAUAGCUUUACGAAGAUAUUUUGCGACAAUGUAUAACGAAUAUGUUAUUAAUCAGAAAUUAAUUAUAUUUGUGUAAUUUCAGGAAUUAUGCAAUAUCUCAGGAAAAAGACAAAAAUUUUUUUAUUAUAAAUUCUUUCAAUUACGAUUAAUAUAUUUACCCUGCAUCUGCUUGCAUGAAGAUGGGCAUAUUUUCUGCAUUAGCAGAGGAGCCAAGUACGCAUACAACUUCUCCAUAAUCUUGCAUAAUGUGCAACAUUUCCCUUGUAACAGCGGUGUUGCAAUCGGUGAACAGAGAUACCAAAAGGGGUACAUUGUCUAUUAAUUCUAUGUGUGGUCGAAUCUUAUCGAUGCCUCGAGGUAGUUUUGCCUAGAUACAGGAUGUACAAAUUAAAAAUAUAGGAAAGAAAGAAAUUUUAUCUCAUAGGGAACUCACCCUGUUCGACAAGUCAAAAUUUACAGGAGCGCUUUGCUCCGUGCUGUCUGUGAGACAACUCAAAGAUCGCCAUGCUUCUUGUCCGGAACCCAGGUCUACGCUUUGUACAAGCACGCUAUCUUCGCUUCUCACUGUGUCCUGUUCCCUAUAUAUAGAGAAUCGAUUAUUCGUUAAAUAGUUAUAACAUGUGAUUGAAAUCGAAAUGAACAAAAUGAAAGUCAAAAAGAAUGAAUUAAUCUACCAGAGGUAUAUUGGAAUCCAACGAUUGGAAUGGAUCGGGAAGAGACUGGGUUGGGCUGAAACCAUGGUUAUAUUGUAUUAAUAAUAUCUAGUUCUGAAAAACGGAUUCUCGAAAUUUUUGAAAAUAUUAAAUAUCUAAAAUUUUGGCAUAUUUGAGGAUCUCAACUUUUUUUAUGCUUUCGAGAAUCCCAAUCCUCGAAAAUUCAUUCCAAUUAUUCUGAAGAAUUUUCGAGUCGUGAGAUACUUUUAGGAACACAAUCCAAUUUAUAUUUUAGGAUUUUUGCACGUUUUAAAAAUCUACCAAUAUGUAAAAAUUAAAGCAUAGAUAAAAUAACGAAGGAAUUAAAAAAGCGGAUAAUGAUAUGAAAAAAAGAUCUAGUCUCUAUUGAAAAAAUAUCAAGGGAGAACGAAAAAUAAUUACGAAACGUGUGUUGAUCCUGUUCUCGUGAUCCUUUGUAUUAGAUGACUUAGACUGCCAUGCAAAUUUAAAACAAUAUUAUAGGAAAAUCGAAUCUCAAGGAUAAUUGUAAAGAUAAAUGAUUUUCUCAAAGAAAUGUGCCAAAUAAUAAGUUUAAAGAAGGACAAACCUGUGGCUCAUAGCGCUUUUAACUUGAGAUGUUCCCGUGUCGUUCCAUUCCGUGGUUUCAUCAUCGAAUUUGACGGUGGAGAAAUCGGUAUUUAUAGCACUUGGUGCUGACAUACUCAUAGCACGGCUAUUAUCCAAAUUGGUGCUAUAAUGUAAAACAGAAUCAUACUAUGGAAACAUGAUUAUCUCGUGUACUGUUCAUGCAUGAUGGGAAUUCCUUGUAACACAAACACAUCGAUGCAGCAUAAUUAUGCAGCAAAAAUGUUUGAACGCAUGCUCUUAAUAUCUUUCGAGUGUUCGCCGAUUUUUUCGAUUUCGAGUAAUCGUUUAUCAUGAAGCAAAAAACAUAUCUUUUAAGGAAGAGAUGAUAAAAAUAGAUAAACUUUGUUCUUUCCUUUUAGAUUAUUAUCAGACUGCGGAUUUUUAUGCAUAUUUUUCAUAUUUUAUAUAAAAAUAUUCGACUAUAAAUGUUUAAAAAUUUAAAGGAUAAUUUUCAAAUCAAAAUAAAACGUUUUUGAUAUUGUUUUUCAAUUAAAAAUGACUUCUCUAAGAAUAAUUACUAGUUUGCCUUAAAACUCAAUUAAAUUAUAUUAUAAAAUUAAAAAAACUUUAAACUGCUAUAAUUUCGAGAAUAACGAUUUCCACGAGUGAACGAUCAUUAGAAGCACGGAUCCUUAUUCUUUAUUCUUUUUAUUUUUUUUUGUUUAUUUCAAUACGACUUCCGAUUUCCGAGAUAUCGAAAUAUAAAGAAAGAAAUAAUUUUUAAUUGUUUGCUAUCUCUAUCUUUUUGUUUCACUGAUCUAUCUCAAACUUCAGACAAGUGACAAAUGCGAAAAAGUAUACGAUUCUUGAAAGACAUAGUGCAUUUUCAAGAAAAAAUUGUUUUAUGUUUGAUAAGAGGGUAAAUUAUGUAACAUACCGAGGAGAGACACGAUUAAGCAAGUGGCUGGCCUCAUCCAUGCAGGAGUAAUUAUGCUGAUGAGAUUGGGCUGAGGGAGUGGGUGAGGACAUGGCUGCUGCCUGGCUCACCCACCAACCCACUAGACUCUCGGACCUAAUUAUUGGCGUGUUAGUUACAUACAUUUAUUUAUGUGUAUUUUUUGUAUGUCAUGUAAAUUACGAGAUAUUAACACAUGUGCAUUAGAAUAACUGUUGAAGUGUACAAAAAUAAUUAAUAUAUUAAGUUUCAAAAAGUA